AUGACGCCGUUUUUGGGUACUUUCUACCUUUCUUUUUUGUUGAUACUUCUCCUCUUCAGCCAAUGCCUUGAUGCUAUCGACCUCAGCGUUAAGAAGUCUCCGCCAGGGCAACUCAAAGUCCGGCUGGACUACGGUCUUGCGACUCAGCCCAUCCCGGGCGUGUCAGAAAACAAGAGGAGAGAAAGUCAGCAUCGAUAUCUCUUUUCCUCAUAUCUCGUUUUCAAUGAACCUGUCUCCUCUAUCACGGAUGGUCAGCUAAGACAGAUGGCCCAAGUUGCACAUGGAGAGAUGGAAAAGGAUAUGCAACAGUAUGAGCCCACGAUCCUUGUCAAGGGGAGUGGUAAGCCAGCAUACCUCCCUUCGGUUAUGACUAUUGUGGCUUUUGGGAACGAGAUCAUCUUGUCUUCUUCUCAAAAGGGACUGGAUGGCUUUCUUAACCAGUGGCCCGAGAGCCCGGUUAAACUGGCUCUUGAUCGCUGUAGUGCUCUCUGGCGAGAUCGCGUUGUCAAUGAUCCAGACAGUACUGCAGACCCUGCCGCUGGGCAUAAAAACAAAGCCAAGUGUGGCGAAGUCAAUGCAUUCCAUCAGUACUAUAUGACACACACGACAUCUAUUCCAGAUGUCAAUCCAAAAGUUCGUGUCACGACUGUUGUCAAAGGAAGGCAAGGCUACUCUAUCUUGGCCCCUUGUGGCACCGCCGACAACGGAGAGGAUGAAAAGGAAUUCUGGGGCUGUAACCUACUGGUACGGGACCAAGACGUGCAUUAUAUUGGACAAGAGGUAAAGGCUGCGCCUUUUGCGCUUCGUAAGAUUGCUGGAGGUGUGCAGAAGAAAGGCCAAAUCCAGAUGUGUACUAGGAAUAAUAUUAUUUGGGAUGGGGAGUAG